AUGCGUGGGCUCACUUUGCUUCUGGCCUUCUUCGGCAGCCACAAGGUCUCGGCCUUGUCUACUCAGACUGUCACCAAGGAGCUUGGACCCGAUCUGUCCAAAGCGGCCUCCAUUACUGGUGGUGGCUCUCCCAAGUACACCCGUUGGAGCGAGUAUGCUCCCCCCAGUCCCGGAGUCAUCGUGAAUGUAGCGAGCGAGGACGAUGUGGCUGCAACAGUAAAAUACUGCACCUCGAAUGAUAUCCCCUUCUUGGCCCAGAACGGAGGCCACGGGUGGGCGAAAUGGGACUUCGGAGACGAGGGAAUCCUGAUCAACAUCAAGGACCUGAACUCGGUCGAGUUCAAUGACAACAAGACGCAAGUCACAAUUGGAGGUGGCGUGGCAAUUGAGGAAGUCGUCGCUGUUGCGGCCGAGCAAGGCGUGCUCGUCCCGACCGGCAACUGUCCCUGUGUCGGCACUAUGGGCGCCAUUCUCGGCGGAGGAUAUGGCAACCUGCUCGGUCUUUAUGGCUUCGGAGUUGACAAUGUCCUCUCGCUCAAUGUGGUUUUGGCAGACGGAACUCAGCAGACUGUCACCUCUAAGGAUGAGGAUCUAUUCUGGGCGCUCCGUGGCGCUGGAGCCAACUUUGGUAUCGUCACCUCCGCGACCCUGAAGUCGUACCCCAACCAAGAACAGACCGCAUGGUUUGGUCAACUCAUCUACACCGAGGAUAAGCUGGAGAAGAUCAUCAACGCUCUCAACGAUGUCACCUUGGAGCCGAAGAUGAACGUUUUCCUCUAUUACAUGGCCUCCAGCGGUACCCCGUCCGUCGUCAUCACCCCAUUCUACUACGGCACCGAGAAGGAGGGACGUGCUGCCUUCAAGGCCUUCCUCGACAUUGGCCCUACCAACGACACCACCAGUGAGCUGCAAUAUGCCCACUGGACGGACGCCUCGCAGGACUUCUGCACCAAGGGUGGAUACAAGCCCUCGUUCACCGCCGGUCUUGCCCAAAUGGAUGCCACCACGUGGAGGGAAAUCUGGGAUGAGUGGAUCACAUGGUUGGAGAAUGACGGCACCAGCAACAGUCUUGUCAUGAUGGAGGCGUACUCUUUGGAGAAGGCCCGCACCGUGUCUCAGUCCUCAACUUCAUUCGCCUGGAGAAACGAUGUCAACUUCAACGCUAUUGUCAUUCCGUGGUACUCGGACGCCAGUUUGGAGACGAAGGCGCUGGCUUUCGGUACCAAGCUACGUGACCUGUGGCGGAAGACGGAUGGACUCGACUCUCCUGCUGCGUACAUCAACUUCGCUCAUGGAGACGAGAGCUCGGCAGAGAUCUAUGGUGAGAAUGUCGACCGACUGAAGAGCAUCAAGGCCAAUGUGGACCCGAAGAAUGUCUUCAGCCACUGGUUCGACCUGUAA